AGUCUCCAGAGAACAACGGGCUCAUUGAGCGGCUGCAAGCUGCGGGCGUGGGGGAGCGGCCGGGACAGAGAGCGCGAGCCGGCCGGGGGUGGGGCCGCGCGCAGGGGCGACCGAGGCCAAGUGGCCGCAGCGGCGCGCCAGGCAGCCCGGCCCCGGCCCCGAGCCCGCGCGCACAGAGGCCGCAGCAGCUCCUCGGGUCCCUCCCACCGCGCGCGCCCAUGGCGGUCGCGGGCCAGUUGUGCCUGCUCUACCUGUCCGCGGGGCUUCUAGCUCGGCUGGGCACAGCCUUCAACCUGGACACCCGCGAGGAGAACGUGAUCCGGAAAUCGGGGGAUCCCGGGAGCCUCUUCGGUUUCUCGCUCGCCAUGCACUGGCAGUUGCAGCCGGAGGACAAGCGGCUGUUGCUUGUGGGGGCGCCUCGGGCAGAAGCCCUCCCACUGCAGAGGGCGAACAGAACUGGGGGCCUAUACAGCUGUGACAUCACCGCCCGGGGACCUUGCACACGGAUUGAAUUUGAUAAUGACGCUGAUCCUAUGUCAGAAAGCAAGGAAGACCAGUGGAUGGGAGUCACUGUCCAGAGUCAAGGUCCGGGGGGCAAAGUGGUGACAUGUGCGCAUCGGUAUGAGAAGCGGCAGCACGUCAACACGAAGCAGGAGUCACGGGACAUCUUCGGAAGAUGUUACGUCCUGAGUCAGAAUCUCAGAAUUGAAGAUGAUAUGGAUGGAGGAGACUGGAGUUUCUGUGAUGGCCGAUUGAGAGGUCAUGAAAAAUUUGGCUCCUGUCAGCAAGGAGUAGCGGCUACUUUCACUAAAGACUUUCAUUACAUUGUUUUUGGAGCCCCGGGGACUUACAACUGGAAAGGGAUCGUCCGUGUAGAACAAAAGAAUAACACUUUUUUUGACAUGAACAUCUUUGAAGAUGGGCCCUAUGAAGUUGGCGGAGAGACUGAUCAUGACGAGAGUCUCGUGCCCGUUCCUGCUAACAGUUACCUAGGUUUUUCACUGGACUCAGGGAAGGGUAUUGUUUCUAAAGAUGACAUCACUUUUGUAUCUGGUGCUCCAAGAGCCAAUCACAGUGGGGCCGUAGUUUUGCUAAAAAGAGACAUGAAGUCCGCGCAUCUUCUCCCCGAGUAUAUUUUUGACGGAGAAGGCCUGGCUUCUUCGUUUGGCUAUGAUGUGGCAGUGGUGGACCUCAAUGCAGAUGGGUGGCAAGACCUCGUUAUCGGAGCUCCGCAGUAUUUUGAUAGGUAUGGUGAGGUUGGGGGUGCGGUGUACAUCUACAUUAACCAGCAAGGCAGAUGGAGUAAUGUGAAGCCAAUUCGUCUGAAUGGGACCAAAGAUUCUAUGUUUGGAAUCGCUGUGAAAAAUAUUGGAGAUAUUAAUCAAGAUGGCUAUCCAGAUAUUGCUGUUGGAGCUCCCUAUGAUGACCUGGGGAAGGUCUUUAUCUAUCAUGGAUCCCCGACUGGCAUAAUUACAAAGCCAACACAGGUGCUUGAGGGUACAUCGCCUUACUUUGGCUACUCAAUCGCUGGGAAUAUGGACCUGGAUAGGAAUUCCUACCCUGACGUUGCUGUGGGUUCCCUCUCAGACUCAGUAACUAUUUUCAGAUCCCGGCCAGUGAUUAACAUUCUGAAAACCAUCACAGUGACUCCUAGCAGAAUUGACCUCCGCCAGAAAUCCAUGUGUGGGUCACCUAGCGGGAUAUGCCUCAAGGUUAAAGCCUGUUUUGAAUAUACUGCGAAACCUUCCAGUUAUAACCCUCCAAUAUCAAUUUUGGGUGUUCUUGAAGCUGAAAAAGAAAGGAGAAAGUCAGGGUUGUCGUCGAGAGUUCAGUUUCGAAACCAAGGUACUGAGCCAAAGUAUACUCAGGAGCUGACCCUGACCCGGCAGAAGCAGCGGGCAUGCAUGGAGGAGACCCUCUGGCUGCAGGAGAACAUCAGAGACAAACUGCGCCCCAUCCCCAUCACGGCGUCCGUGGAGAUCCAGGAGCCCAGCUCUCGCCGGCGAGUCAAUUCACUUCCCGAAGUUCUUCCCAUCCUGAAUUCGAAUGAAGCCAAAACGGUCCAGACAGACGUCCACUUCUUAAAGGAAGGAUGUGGAGACGACAAUGUCUGUAACAGCAACCUGAAGCUAGAGUAUAAAUUUGGUACCCGGGAAGGAAAUCAAGACAAAUUCUCUUACCUUCCAAUUCAAAAAGGCAUCCCAGAAUUAGUCCUAAAAGACCAGAAGGAUAUAGCUCUGGAAAUAACGGUGACCAACGGCCCUUCGGACCCGAGGAAUCCCCGGAAAGAUGGCGACGACGCCCACGAGGCCAAGCUCAUCGCCACAUUCCCAGACACUCUGACGUACUCGGCCUACAGAGAACUGAGGGCUUUCCCCGAGAAGCAGCUGAGCUGUGUCGCCAACCAGAAUGGCUCCCAAGCUGACUGUGAGCUCGGAAAUCCUUUCAAGAGAAAUUCCAGUGUUACUUUUUAUCUGAUUUUAAGUACAACCGAGGUCACCUUUGACACCACAGAUCUGGAUAUUAAUCUGAAGUUGGAAACAACAAGCAAUCAGGAUAAUUUGGCUCCAAUUACAGCGAAGGCAAAAGUGGUUAUUGAAUUGCUUUUAUCGGUCUCCGGAGUCGCUAAGCCUUCGCAGGUGUAUUUUGGAGGUACAGUGGUUGGUGAGCAAGCUAUGAAAUCUGAAGACGAAAUAGGAAGUUUAAUAGAGUAUGAAUUCAGGGUGAUUAACUUAGGUAAGCCUCUUAAAAACCUCGGCACAGCAACCUUGAAUAUCCAGUGGCCCAAGGAAAUUAGCAAUGGCAAAUGGCUGCUCUACUUGAUGAAAGUUGAAUCCAAAGGCUUGGAGCAGAUUGUGUGUGAGCCACACAGUGAAAUAAACUACCUGAAGCUGAAGGAGUCUCACAGCUCAAGAAAGAAGAGGGAACUUACUGAAAAACAGAUAGAUGACAGCAGGAAAUUUUCUCUAUUUUCUGAAAGAAAAUACCAGACGCUCAACUGCAGCGUCAACGUGAGGUGCGUGGACAUCAAGUGUCCGCUUCGAGGGCUGGACAGCAAGGCCUCUCUCGUUUUGCGAUCCAGGCUAUGGAACAGUACAUUUCUAGAGGAAUAUUCCAAACUGAACUACUUGGACAUUCUCGUGAGGGCGUCCAUAGAUGUGACAGCCGCCGCUCAGAAUAUCAAGCUCCCUCACGCGGGCACUCAGGUUCGAGUGACAGUGUUUCCCUCAAAGACUGUAGCUCAGUAUUCAGGGAUAGCCUGGUGGAUCAUCCUCCUGGCUGUUCUUGCUGGGAUUUUGAUGCUGGCUCUAUUAGUGUUUUUACUCUGGAAGUGUGGAUUCUUUAAGCGCUCUAGGUACGAUGACAGCGUUCCCCGAUACCAUGCGGUGCGGAUUCGUAAAGAAGAGCGAGAGAUCAAAGACGAGAAACACACUGAUAACCUUGAGAAAAAACAGUGGAUCACAAAGUGGAGUGAAAACGAAAGUUACUCAUAGAGGGCGUCGGAAAGCAAGCCUCACACUACCCAAAGCCCCCCUUACUUUUCCCAGCUCAGAAAUUCAGGUGGCUUGGAAACCUGCUCAGGCCCCCGUAUAUGAUUCAGACUGACGACACCCAGUACGGACCUACAGUUUGAACUGUGGAUAUUGUUACACCUAAGGCUCCUGUUUUGCACAGCCAAAUUUAAGACUAGUAGAGUGGAUUUUUCUUUAAAUGCCUUAAUUUAACUUUCCGGGUUGCCUUUGUUUUUUGAUGUGGCUGACUUCCACACGCUGGGGCAGGGCCUGCCAGUCUGCACUCCUGGGACAUUCUCUCCCCAACCAACCAUCACCUGCGCUAACAGAGUGACUCUCCCAGCCUGCUCCCACAGGUGUUUUUCUCAUAAGAUUGGAGAACCUGCAAGAUAAUUGUCCCUUGGCUCAAGACUCUGCCAGUGGAUAGCUGUGCCUCUGUUGAAAGUUCUCUCUUAAAUUAAAUGUGCAAUAGAAGGCGUUGUUAUCCUUUGGCCUUCUCGCUCCAUUUCCUAGAAGUGAGGACCCUUGCUGAUGCCUAAUGCACACAGAUUCCCGUCUCCCUUGUCACUAAAGCACAGGUUCGACAGACUUGAAUGCUAGUUACAUUUGUUUGUAUAUGAUAUUUAUUUUUUUCUUCAAGCCAUCUUACUGUUGACUAAUAGGCCAAAGAUGCUUCAGUUGGUUUAGGCAAUGAGAAUGAGAACCUGGGAAGUCAUUUUUUCUGUUCUGACCUUAAUUAUUUACUGCAAAAAGAAAAGUUCUUUAUAAACAUGCAAGGGUCGUUUUACUAACUUAAGCUCACCUGUACGUGAUAACUAUCUCCUUUCCGGCAGGCCCUCCCCCAGCCCAGGAAGUUUGACAAAGGGGGUUGGUUAACUUGAGGACAUUUCGUCCUUCCCUGGCACUGGGUGUACGGUUUUGAGCCCUGUGUGGGACUUCUGAACUUUGGGCCAUAACUUUCAGAACUCUCAGAAGUGAGCACACUCACUGAACUCUGGGGUCUGUGUGCUCUAUGCUGCCAACACAGUGUAUUCAGGACCUGAAGUGAGCACCCAUGUGGAUCCAGACCGAUCCAGUGCGAGACUACUGAAGAGCAUCUGCUGCCAAAACGGCCGCACCAGACAGACGGAGCGCCCUGCACUUAGCCUCUUAAAUAUCAUCGGAACCGUUCAGCCAUUGCAUCCAUAUUUGCUUUUUUUUCUAAUUGUUCAUCGGAUCUAAAUUCCUCCACAUGACUUGUGACUACUUUUAGCUCAUUGCUAAAGUGCUUACCUAGCAUGCCUGGGCCCGCCUUGGUUGGUUGGUUGUAAAAAUGAUAGGAGGGAGAAAACAAUUAUUUUUUUAUAUAUAUUCAACAGAGAUUGAAUAUAUUGUCAAAGCUUUUUUUUUUAUUAAAUUGUGCUUUAAAAUAAUUAAUUUAUAUGGAGAGCAGCAGCAAACAGGUGCUAAUGUGUUUGGCUAUUGUCUAAGCAGUUCUCUAUCUUAUUUUAAGACCGGGUCUCAAGUCACCCAGGCUGGCCUUGGGCUCCUUAGGUAGCUCGGGAUAGUUUUGAACUCCCAAUCCCCCUGCCUCUCCACCCCAGGGCUGUGAUUGCAGGCGUGGGCUUGGGACUGUCUGUGCUAGGCCAGCACUCAGCAACUGAGCUAGACACCAGACACUUCUCCGUCUUUUAAAAGAACAAAACGUUGCUAAAUGUGCCAUCGUUGCUUUGAGUCUUAAUUCUUUUUUUCCCCUUUCAUAAAACAUUACAACUUUAAGAUAUUAAAGACUUUUAUUCUGGUUCUACUUCUGCCUUUUCACUCAAAACUGGUUUUACAAAUGAUGCCUUGUUUACAGAAAGCUCCCUACCACAGGUCCUAGUAGUGUGUAAAGUCUCAGUUCUUGCUGGGGUAUCUUGGAACCUCAUGCACUGGCUUUAAAGGAUACAGCCAAGAAGCUGAUAUCUUGACAGUGUUUGUAGACCUUUGUUAUGAAAAUGAAUGUCUUGGAAAAGGUUGGGAGGGGGUUCAACAACAAAGAAACAAGAAUGUCAUGUUGUUUAAAUUUAUAGUUGUCUAAAAUGUCAUCUCAAGUCAAGUCACUGGUCUGUGUGCAUUUGAUAGGUUUUUAUACUAACUAGCAUUGUAAGAUUAUUCAUAAUUAGAAAAUACCUGUGGAUAUUUGUAUAAAAGUGUGAAAUAAAUUUUUUACGAAAGUGCC